CGGAACGAUUAGACGUGUCUCUACAAAAAAACUUCCGCCACUUCAAAAUCAGUGCUUUCAAGAAGAAUUAAUUUCAUGUCCUUUUAAAAAGUACAAAUAAAUUCAAAGAGAGUCGAGAUAUCAGCAACACAAAAAAAACAGUGAAAUUAAAUGGUGACUAAUUUAGAAGUUAAAAUAAAGAAAAGGCUGCACAAUGAAAUCGGAUAUCGGUUUAGGAAGAAAACAACAGGAACAUUUACAACCAGCUGCAAGAGUUUAUAGCGAGGCAUCGAAUCUGCUGCCACCCCUCGAGCCGCCGCCACCGACAAGCCCGUUUGAAACCAUCGUCACUGCAAUGGGCCAUGAGGAACAUGCGCGUCCAAAGAGAUUUAUAAGGAACCUUCGAGAAAAACCAACAAAUUCCAAAAAUACAUCGAUUUUAAGAAAAGCCUGUACGUUCCAUACGAAUAGUAACAGAAAUUCGUCCUGUUAUUAUGUGAAAAUUUCAACUGGGCGACGAAUGACCAGCGGAGUCUUAAGGAUAGGGCUCAGUUUUUACGCAUUGAAUACGGAACGACAAUAGUAAAACAAAGUUUAUAUCGAGCAAUGUAUUUCGCACAAGAAAUUGUAAACGGUAUAGAGAAAUAUUUUUCUAAAACUCUGACUGUGAUAAUUGAUUUAAUUAUUGAUUAAAAAUAUUGAAAGCUAGUAA